GGGCGUAUCCCGACUAACCAGGAAGAGCUUGGACUGUGGCCUGUUGACGAAUUGAAAAGUUCAACGGCAUGGCGGAGGCGUUUUUGCACGUAGUGGCUGCUGCAGGCAUCUGUGCGACCGUGGCCGUGAGUGGCGCUUUAGACGCCGUCUUAGUAGAGUUGGGCUAUGAACACUACGCGGAGAAGCCGUAUCACCACCUGCCUGCUUUCAUCGCCAUGCCAUUCAAUUCACUGGUCAACCUAGGCUACCUGGUGCUGGGUGCCCGCUGGCUGCUCCGCACGGACCUCGGGAGUACCCAGGCCGCCUACCUCAAGGACGUUUUCGCCUGGAUGGCCCUCGUCUACGGACCCGUGCAGUGGCUGCGUUUGGCCACACAAGCGCGCUGGGCGGCAGUCCUCGACCAGUGGUUCACUCUGCCCAUUUUUGCUUGGGUGCCAGUCUGGUGUGACUUCAUCGGGCAUGGUUGGCGUCCCUGGUAUAUGAUCGGAGUGGAAGUGACCUCCCUGGGCAGUUUCCUUCUCUCACUGCUGCAUGCCCGAGGCUUUGAAGCGUCACUUAUCUGCCACAUUGCCUUUGCGAUUGCCCAGGGCAUCAGGGCACAGCGUCUUAUCGGUGACUCCACUUCGCGCCGCUACUUGUGGCUGGCGAUGCUGUCCUGUGCUGGCUUCGUCUUCCUAAAGCUGCUUGACCACGAGCUGGCAAACUUCUGGACAUUUCGCCACCUUACUGGCCACUUCUGGUCAAAAGUCUGCGACGUUCUGCAAUUUCACUUCAGUUUUUGCUUUUUGACACAUCUGACACGGCGUAGGACGCCUCGGAAAGCGCGCUCGGAGUAGGAAGACAGACCACUGAGACAUACGGCACCGGUCUGGGAAGAAAUAUCCGACUAAGGACCACUUCAACAUUCCAGUGCAGAGAAACUGCCCAAUGAGGGCAACUGCCUCUGCCUCUUCCGGUCCAUGGGCCAUAAAAGCACAACUGAUCAGAAGGAGGCGUCACUUUUUACCCAAGCGACCAGAAUAAAGGAGCGCCUCACUAACCUGAUGGCAGACAAAGCCGUCUUUAUUUCUUUACUGUAGUCGCCAUGUUAUCCUGGUGGCAGCAAUUUUUGUUGAUUUUUCACAC